CACUCCUUCUUGGCCCCAGUUGGUGCAGCCCCGGCCCGGUCCUGCUCGGCUCCCUCCCCUGUGCUCCCCCCGUUUCCGUCUCCCAUCGUCUGCUCUCAGUUGUCCCCGCCCAGCUCCUCUCCUGCCGGCUCCCUCUCUGCAUCCCCUUUGCUUUCGGGCCUUCCUUCCUAUUCGGGUCCUACCUUUGGUGCCCCCUUCCGCCCCCCCAGCUAUCCCUAGCUCUCUUGGUCUCCCAAGUUCCCCCCCCCCCCCCCCAGCUGUCCAGCCUCUGGCUCUCGGUUCCUGUCUCCUUCCACUGCGGCCGCGGCGCUGUCUCUUCAGCACCGCCUCCCCACCUCUCGGAGUCUUCCUCCCUUUCGGGGGUCUUCUCCUUCUGCCUCUUUGUCUCUCCACAGCUUUGGCCUCCCCUUCCUGUGUCUGGGAUCUCUGUCUGUCUCCCUAUUGCCCUGCGCCUUCCUCUACUUCUUCCUCUCUCCAGUCUUCCUCCUGCCUUUUGUGUCCUCCCCUCCUGCUGCUUCAGGUGUCUCCCCUGUCCAGGUCUUUCUUUUCUUCCCCUUUCUUCUGUCUGUCUUGUGUCUCUCGGUGUCUGUCUGCCUGCCUCUGUGUCUGGCUGGCUGUGUGUGUCUCCCUUCUCUGAGGAGGUGUUGCCCCUCUUUCCCUUGCUCGUUGUGUCCCCCUCACGCUGCCCCCGGCCCGCGGUCCGGUGAGAUCCCGGGGCUCCCUCUAAGCUGUCUCCCUCGCACUUGGGGGCUCGCUUCCUUUGUCCUUCCGUGCCCGGGCCGGCCCCGCGUCUGCCUCUGGCCGCCUUCCCGGGUCCUUGGGUCUGGAGCUUUCCUGCCAUGGCUUUCUCUGCCUCUGCCCGUGGAUUUUUUUUCUGAUUCCCUUUUUGCUUCAUUACCGUAUUGCUCGGUGGAGCAGCGCCUCCCUGAGCGUCUCGGAGCCCCCCCCCUUCUGCCCCCCCCCCCCCAGCCUCUUUGUUCUCUCCCAUCUCCCUCCAGCCCGUCUUCCCGGCUCCUCCUCUGCCUCCUUGCAGCUUCCUGGGCCCCGCUCCCUCGGCCCUCCUCCUCCGUCCCCUGCUCCCUUCCCCUCAUCUGGGGCCCUCUUCCUCAUCUGGAUCCGGCUCCCCGCUGUAUCUCUCUCAAGCCACCUGUUUCCCCCUCGCCCCUUCUCGGCCCCUCCUCGGAGUCCGCCCCGGUGUCCCUGGUCCGCCACCCACGUCUCCCCCACCCCCUCAACAUGGAGUCCUGCAGAAACUGUUGGUCAUCCGCGCCUCCUCCCCUUCCCCCACCCCCAGCCCGCCCCCGCCCCCGUGUUAUUCCGUUUCUUUUUCAUUAUCCCCGGCUGUUCGCGGUGCCUGUGGGUGGGCAGGAAGUGGGGUGGGGAAGGAGCCCGGCUUCUCCCUCUGGCCCGGAGGCCGGGCCGCCCGCGUGACCUGAGGCCGGGAGCAGGGGCGCAUGUGGCCGCUCAGAAGGUUCAUCACCCCAGCUCGCAGGUCACACCACAUAGAGACACGCGGGAAACUCACAAGUGCGAGCUACAGCUGGGGAGACGCGGGGCGCACACGCGGGACGGCACCCAGCAAACCCUGACCGGCGGGACGCCCCUGCGCGGAGCCACCGGAGCAGCCCACCCAGAAAGGAGCCCUGGAAGACGCUUAAGAUGAAGAGCCUUUGGGUGGGGCUGAGGAAGAGCCCACCCUGCCUGGCCCAUGGCAGUCCAAAGGAGCCUCUGAUCCCCAGCCCCUUCCUCCCCGGACCAGCCUUCCUAGUGACAUGAUGCCCAACGCCACCGGGCCAGACGACAUCAGUGGCAGCGGGUCCCCCCUGCCGCCCACGACGGCCGCCGCCGCCGCCGCCGCCGCCUCCACCUCCGUCAAGCUGGUUCUCUUGGGGGCCAUCAUCUGCGUCAGCCUGGUGGGCAAUGCCCUCCUGUCCCUGCUGGUUCUCAGGGAGCGGGCCUUGCACAAGGCCCCCUACUACUUCCUGCUGGACCUGUGUCUGGCCGACGGCGUGCGGGCCGCGGUCUGCUUCCCCUUCGUGCUGGCCUCCAUCCGCCACGGCUCAGCGUGGACAUUCAGCGCGCUCAGCUGCAAGGUGGUGGCUUUCAUGGCCGUGCUCUUCUGCUUCCACGCCGCCUUCAUGCUCUUCUGCAUCAGCGUCACCCGCUACAUGGCCGUGGCUCACCACCGCUUCUACGCCAAGCGCAUGACCCUCUGGACCAGCGCGGCGGUCAUCUGCAUGGCGUGGACUCUCUCGGUGGCCAUGGCCUUCCCGCCCGUCUUCGACGUGGGCACCUACAAGUUCAUCCGGGAGGAAGACCAGUGCAUCUUCGAACACCGCUAUUUCAAGGCCAACGACACCCUGGGGUUCAUGCUCAUGCUGGCUGCCCUCAUGGCCGCCACCCACGCUGUGUACGGGAAGCUGCUUCUUUUUGAGUACCGCCACCGCAAGAUGCGGCCCGUGCAGACCGUCCCAGCGGUCAGCCAGAACUGGACGUUCCACGGGCCCGGCGCUACCGGCCAGGCCGCCGCGAACUGGAUAGCCGGCUUCGGCCGGGGCCCCCUGCCUCCCACCCUGCUGGGCAUCCGGCAGGUGACUGGAGGGGGAGGGGGCCACGUGGCCAGCCGGCGCCUCCUUGGCAUGGAGGAGUUCCGGGGGGAGAAGGAGUUGGGCCGAAUGUUCUACGCCAUCACCCUCCUGUUCCUGUUGCUCUGGUCUCCCUACAUCGUGGCCUGCUACUGGCGGGUUUUUGUAAAGGCCUGCGCCGUGCCUCACCGCUACCUGGCCACAGCCGUCUGGAUGAGCUUUACGCAGGCUGGGGUCAACCCCAUUGUCUGCUUCCUCCUCAACAAGGACCUCAAGAAGUGCCUGAGGACUCACGCCCCUUGCUGGGGGGCCGGAGGCCCCCAGGUCCCUCGGGAGCCUUAUUGUGUCAUGUAGAAAACCCAGAGUGGCAGAUGUGGGGAGGAGGAAAGGAGGGACAGAUGACAGUGAAAAGAGGAUAAAUGAGAGGAAGGAAAUCCCAAAUGGGGGACAAGAUUUAGCACAGAGGGUGCAAAGGGGAGAGAUCUGGCAGCGGCUCCCCAAACUUCUCCGAAUCCCCGUCCUCCUUCAGACAGCACUCCUCCAUUCCCAGCGCUAGGUGCGGGGGUAGGGGGUCUCCUCUGGCCCGUCCCUGUCCCUAACAGCUUGCAGGGGAAUAGGGAAUUUUAGGGACCCACACACACAUAUACCAGAUCACUUUUUUUUCCUUUAUAAAAAACUAGAAAGAAAAAAACCGGGGUUUUCUAACAGUUGUGAAUGUGCCAGGUGUUCAUUUGCAUUUGUUCCUCUCUCGGAUGUGUCGUCUCCAGAGAGAAAUAUCAUUAUAGCCGACACGACCCCACCCCCAGAUCCGGUAACACUCGUUAACGGACGUCUCCCUGAGUGGGCGCAGACUGGGUGAUGCUCACCCUCUGGUGCCGGAGCCCCGGCUGGUCUUUGGCGAUGAGCCCCAUCCUGUGGCGCCCCUGCCCCAACCCCCUGCCUCAGGCCCGAAAGGCCUCCAGAGGGCCGCCGUGGAGGAUGGCCUUUUGGCUCGAUCGCGUCUCUUCCCACAUUCUGUUCCCACUGGGAAUUCCAAUUUGCCCCCCUGUUGGGGCACGGGGGUGGCCCGGGACCAGCAUCCCCCUGCUGCCAGGCUCCCUACGAUCGCCUCCCCGGGGACGGGCCAGGCCACUCUCCCACCAUCGUGGGAGGGAACUUAGUUCCCUGGUUUUCCAGAGUCCUUUUGGGAGCCUCAACGGUCCCUUGA